CUAAUGAUAUGCGAUGUUUGAUGGCUUUUCUGGUGGCUCUCGUGCAAAUCGGAUCUGCCGUGCAUGCAGCGUGUCGAUAGAAACGGGUCAGUGCAAUCUGUAUCGAGGGAAAGACUUAACGCCCUCACGAUAACGCCCUGAAAACGCCUUCUAUCUCUUGGAGCAGCCGUGUGCAGAGGGUCCUCCAAACCUCGGGUUGCAACAGGUGAUUGGCUGAUCUGGAGAGCCUGCUGAGUUCGACAUCUUAUUACGGAAGGACUUGCAGCUGCCGCUUUGCUGUAGAUCCAAGGGUGGAACUGGGGUAAACACACUCUCGGCAGCUUCGCGCUCUGUUCACCGUGUCCUCCGUGCGACUAACCUGAACAAGGCUAUACUUUCACGUUGGUCUCUGAGAUGGGGAAUCUGCAGAGCCAGGUCGGCAAACGUCAUGGAGAUUCGAGGCCCGACAACAAUUCAAAGUUUGACGAAAUUUUGAGCAGAUUUUCGCAUGAUGACAGAAACAACCAUCGCACGACCAGGCCCAGAAACGGACGGGCCAGAAGUUCCGGAUCUCUCCAGUUCGGGAUGUCUAGAUCAGAGGAGGACGUUCGCGAGAAGACUAAAGAAAAGAGUCAUAGCUUCUCCGGCUUGAAGGACAGUCUGAGACGGUCCUUCCGGGUGCCGUCUAGAGACGAGCAGGAGAGAAGACCGAAGGGGAAGCCCAAGGACAGGACGCAAGUGGUCAUGGGAAGCUGGGCAGGAGGAGAGGAUGCUGGGAGAAAGAAGCGGAGUAACUCCCGGGAUUCGGGUGGAGGUCACAGGCAGGCUGGCAGAACUUGCAGUUCCGGGAGCAACCGAAGCGGUUCGGGUCGGCAGUCGGGUGGUUCCGUGAGACGUACGGCCAGCACCGGGAGUUCUCGGAGAGGUUCGGCGGGGUCCAGAAGAUCCAGUGGGAAGAGAAGGGAUGAUAGCAAAUCUUUCAUCUCAUACUUUUCUUAGACACAACAUUGUGUGGAGGACCGGGAUGAGCCAGUUAAUCUAUUUGUAUUUAGGUUAACAAGAAAAAAGCAACAAGACAACACUUUCAAGACGUCAACGUACAAAAGAACAUACAUGAUAGGAAGAGAUGAGGCCAGAGGCUAGAGCUUUAAAUGAUCGUUCAUAUUACCUAUUUCUUCAUUAUGAUAAUUGCUUUGAUAGCAUGUAAUGUGUUGGACACAAUAUCUAUGCAGACGUUUGAUAUUGUAUCUAAAGAGUACACCUUUUGCACCAAAUGAACAAUAAUUUCCUUUCUACAAUAUGGCGCACAUUGUGUCAAAUGACCUACUUCAGCUUUCCAUGAACAUAAAUAGCUUAAACUUGCUUGAGCUUUGACAAAAUCAUAAAAUGAUUGUACGAUUAGAAAAAAAUGAUUGUGUGAUUAGCAAACAGUGAAAUGCUUUUCUUUCUUUUGUGAAAUUCGACCCCGUUAGCCUGCGGUUCUAGCAGGACUGUGGAGGAAACAUUGCUCAUCCGAUACGUGUAAAAGACGAGGAAGGUUAAUCUUAAAUGACAUUAUAUAUAUAAGCGAUACAUUCUAGAUGUGCAAUAUCUAACUUGACGUACUUGAUGUUGACUUUGUAACAACUUGUUAUACUUUGUAACAACAUGCGUUAAGGGAAAAAAAGAAGCGUUAAUUGUAUUCCGUGGGACCAAACCAGUGUCAGUGCCAGCCAUGUGUAAGCCUUACAAAGCUUCAACGUAGUUUGAUGUAUGUAUACAUUGAUAGAUACAUUUUAGGGAAUAUGUCAUUGCCUACCAAUGGAUUGAAAGAGAUUGUUGAGUUUUGGAUCAUGGAUGGAGAGAUGUCUGGCCAAAUUUUCAAAUUAUAAAACACAGUGAAAAGAUCUACAUUUUGUAUGUAAGCACAUUAAAAUAUUGGAGAGUCAAUUUUCCUGGCAAUUCCAAUUUGACACCUUAACUACCGCCGCAUUGUACGUGGUUCGGUUUAUACCAGCCUUACAAAUGUAGUAGUUUCACAUCUACAUGGAAAGCAAUAGAAAAGUUUUUGAAUAGAAUUACCCAGUCCAUUUUCUUUUCCGUCAAAAGCAACAACUUCUUUCAAAAAUGUUACACUAUAAGCGGACUUAGGAUAGGAUCUAUGAUCUCCCUCUUCUCUGUCAAAAAUAACAGAUUUUUUUUCAAUCUGUAAAUUUCCUUUGGGAAUUGGAUUAGUGUGAUGAUAAAUCGGUAUUCGUAAAGAAGAUCCCGGAUGGUCUAGACGAGAUAUCGCAGGCAAUCUAUACAUAUUUCCUAAGUGCAAGCGAAUGUUGUUGUAUCGGAUUAGUGUUCGUGCCAGUUGUCUACUUGCUCUUUGUGAACAACAAAGUAGUAAUAAACACUAAUUUUCAUUUUUCAUCUAUUAAAGAUUUAGAUAACGUAGGGGGAUUAAUGAAUAAGUUAAGAUGGAGAGGAUCGUGUGUUUUUCAAAACGCAUUCUUCAAUGUUUAAAUGCAUUUUUAUCUUGUCUACUGAAUGACAAUUAGGCCUGAAUAAGGCUUUUGUAUGUACAUGUAUGUGACUGUAAGAUCGUCACGCUAUGUGCCUGUAUAGCAUUGAUCAAAUAAAUGGGAUCAAAAAC